AUGACUGCUGAUAAGAAGGAGGCCGACCUUCCCCUGCGAGCGGGGGGAGGUGGAGGUCCAACAGAAGAAGCCAUAAAGGGUCGGGUCAAGGAGUUCAGGCCGGAUCACCCCACGACAAAGCACUUGAAGAAGAUCUAUCAAUCGCAUGCUAAGGAACAGACCUUCCAGGAUGGUGUCAAGUUAGCCACUGAAGAUGCCUUCUGGGAGUACAUGCGCUCUCCCGCUGCCGCCGCUCUGGCUCCUCCACCAGAAGUUGACCUGAGUCACCCAUUGUCCUCCUACUAUAUCAGCUCAUCUCACAAUACCUACCUGACCGGCCAUCAGCUGUACGGUUAUGCUACAACCGAGGGAUACACGAAUGUAUUGAAAAGAGGCUGUCGUUGCCUCGAGAUUGAUAUCUGGGACGGUGAUGAUUCUGACAGCAGUGCCAGCAGCUCGGAUGAGGACUUUGAUGUGGCCAAGGCAGGCUCGGCUCCAAAGCGCUCAAAGUGGCGGAGAAUGAAAGAGAAGGCUUCCGAGAUGCGUGGACAUGCUUCUAGGAAGGAGCAAGAGAAGGAGACCGUUGAAAGCCCACCCGACUCUGCUUCUCUGCACCAUGCGCAUCCUUCUCACCACGCCCAUCCAGGAGCUAUUCCUGGCGAUGAUUCACAGCCCUUCAAAUCAGAGCCACAGGUCGUCCACGGAUGGACGCUGACACAGGCUAUUCCUUUUCGCACAGUCUGCGCAGCCAUCCGCAAGUCUGCCUUUGUUGCGACGGAUCUACCUCUGAUAGUGUCCUUCGAGACACAUGCAAGUCUGGAUCAGCAGGAGACUAUGGUCGAGAUUAUCAAAGAGGCCUGGGGAGACUGCCUCGUUGACAUGGAAGAUGCUAUGAAAACAGGCUUUGACAAGCUCCCAAGCCCAGCCUCCUUGCGAAACAAAAUCUUGGUCAAGGUCAAGCAUUCAUCCGUGGGGAUUAUUGCAGACCCAAGCACUAAGCUCGAACUUGCUCAAACCAACACAACCCAGGGCAGCAACGAGGCUGCGAAGAAGCCAGCCAAGAUGCUUCCCGCGCUUUCAGAGCUCGGCAUGUUCACGAGAGCCUUCUCAUUCAAGAGCUGGGAUCAGCCAGAGGCAUCCAUUCCAACACAUGUUUUCAGCCUAACAGAGAGCAAGGCUCAUGGUAUGCAUCCUGAUCCAACACAUGGUCCUGCAAUGUUCGAGCAUAACAAGAAAUACCUCACACGCAUCUAUCCAAAGGGUACUCGCAUCACUAGUUCCAAUUAUGACCCUGCGUUUCAUUGGAGACAUGGCGCCCAGAUGGUAGCUUUGAAUUGGCAACGCUUAGACGAAGGAAUGAUGUUGAAUGAGGGCAUGUUCGCUGGCUACGAAGGUUGGGUUUUGAAGCCAGACGGAUAUCGCGAUCAGGAUGGUGGUGUUGGUGACUCGAGUUUGACCACGAUUCCUACAAAGCAAAUUUCGGAACUCAGAAUCCAAGCUUUUGCUGCCGAAAGCAUUCCUUUACCUCGCGAGAAGGAUGCGUCGCAAGCCGCAAAGCUGAAACCCUACCUCAAAUUCGAACUGCACCUCGACACACAUGGUCCACCGGGUUCAGGGAAGGAUGGAGAGGGUGUCAAUAAUGACACCGAGAUGGAAGAGCAGGACAAGAAGGAAAGAGAGAAGCAUAAGCGCCGGUCCAAGACGCAGAAGUCUGACUCGCCUGAUUUCGAAGGUGAGGCCCUUGCUUGGACCAACGUGGGGGUGGUCGAAAAGUUGAGUUUCCUGAGGCUCAAGAUCAAAGACGAUCGCUCCCUCGCUAAAGACGAGGUAUGUGCAUGGGCAUGUAUUCGACUUGACAGGCUACAGACUGGCUAUCGCCUCAUCCACCUGUUAGAUCCCGAGGGGAUGCCGUCCAAGGGGUUCGUUCUCGUCCACAUCACCAAGACGCUGUCAUAA